CGUCCGUCUCUGCGAACAUCCGCCGUGUUCUUUGUUACGAGAAAGACGCUUCAACACGCUUCUCCGCUUCCAUUUUCCGACACAUCCAACUGCUUGAUUAAGUUCUUUGUGCUAAUUUGUCAUUAAAUCUUUGUAAACCUGACCAACAAUGGAAGACAAGAAAGCCAAUGGCGACGGUAAAUAUCUGCCAGAGUUAUUGGCGGAGAAAGACAGCCUGGACUCCUCGUUCACCCACGCCAUGAAACUGCUUGGCGCAGAGAUCGAGAGGGUUCAAAAAGGCGAACCCAAGAAAGAGGCAGGAGAGACGUAUCUAGAUCUGUUCACUGCCAAGAAUGUCCGUGUGAAGGAGCGAGUGCUCAUUCCUGUCAAGCAGUACCCGCGGUUUAAUUUUGUAGGCAAGAUUCUGGGGCCGCAGGGAAGCACAAUUAAACGUCUGCAAGAGGACACGGGGGCCAAGAUUUCAGUGCUGGGGAAAGGAUCCAUGAGAGAUAAGAACAAGGAAGAGGAGCUGAGGAAGGGCGGAGAUCCAAAAUAUGCCCAUUUGUCCAUGGAGCUGCACGUUUACGUUGAGGUUUUUGCCCCCAUUCCGGAUUGUUAUCUGCGCAUGGCACACGCUAUGGAUGAGGUCAAGAAAUUCCUAAUGCCUGUGGAUAACAUUGAUGAGAUGCACCAGGAUCCUUACAUGGAUCCAGGGUAUCUGAAUGGAUCUCAGGAUGUUCCUGGUCAUGCCAGAGGAGCCCCUCCAGGCAGGGGGCGUGGUGGACCACCACACCCUAGGGGACGCGGUAUGCCCCCUCGUGGCGGAGGACCCCCUGGCGGAGCUCCACGAGGAGGUCCAGGACGAGGAGCUGCAGCGAGGGGGGGCUCUGCACAACGUGGUGGUCAUCCGUCCGCCGGACCAACCAGGGGAGGAGCAUCCACCCGGUCGAGACCGCCAGCAUCUGCUCAGAGAAUGACACCUGCACCUGCUCUGUCCCACCAACAGCAGCAUCAUCAACACCCACCGAAACCCGAAGGCUACGCCGAAUACGCCUAUGACGAACCGUACCCAGAGGCAUCUUAUGAGGGAUAUGAAAGCUACUACAGCCAGCCUGCUUCUCAACCAGACACAGAAUAUUAUGAUUACGGUCACGGAGAGGCACCAGAGACUUACGAGUCUUACGCUGAAGAUGAUUGGGAAAACAGUGCUUGGAGUGGCAGUGGUGGAAAGGCAGCAGCAUCCCGCCAGACUAAAUCUUACCGGGAACACCCAUACGGCAGAUACUGAAUGCUGCUCGGCACUGUGGUUGCCUGGGCAACCCCUUCCUCUUCUAACCCCCUGUAACCAUCAAAAAAGUAAUUCUAGUUGUUUUUGUCUGUAUACCGUUUUAGUUCAUAUGCGUUUGGUUACUCUUAUAUAGAAUGCUAAACAAUAAUUUUUAGGUUUGUGCCGUGCUUAAAUUCUCUUUACCUUUGUUUUUCUCAUUGUUUUUUUAAAAAAUGUUUGCUCGCUGAAAAAUGGAUGAUCGAAGGCUAGAUAAUUAGCAGAUUACCACAUGUAAAAAAUGAUUUGCUUUAAAAAAUAAAAAACUGCCUGGCAAUGUUAGCUUGCUUAGAUUUGUUUCGAACACAAUUUUUGUUACGGCAAAACAAAAAAACACUUAGAACCGGAUGCAUAAAAAUACUAGUUCCUGUACAAACCAACCUGAUUACCAAUUUAAUGAAAAAUCUCAUGGUUUAAAGCUAACAUUUUCUUUAUAAAUAGUCCAAAAGUCAUUUUCCAAAACCUUUUAAAAUGUCAAUUAUUUUCCAUAUGCAAUAGUUAGUUGUCUUUACAGGAGCAAAACCAGUUGAGCUUUGUCGUUUUACGUUAAGUCAAGUAAAAGUACAGGCCACUCAAAGCAUUGUGCAUACUCUAUCCGAAUAUUAGAAAGUUUUUGUUUUGUUUAUAACUUGGCUGUUAAAAUAUUAGCAUAUUUGUGUGCAUUGCCUAACUAGGGACCUAAACAUGUCAAAAAAUGUUUCCCUAUCAAUGUCAAUAAAGCAUAGUUUUCUUUUACAGCCUUUAAAACGUUGUAUUUGACUUUUGUUAUUAUCAAAACUGAAAACUGCAUGAAAAUUCUGCAAAAAAAGUUUUACUGCCCUCAUGCAUAACUGUUCAUCAUGCAAAAUAUAUUGUGUAUAAACCGUUGCUAAAUACUAUGCAAUUACCAUGAGGUUAUUUGUAAUCUUUUAGAAGUCACACAAUGAUGUCUUGUACAAGAACAAUUGACAACAAAAUCGAGAAAGUUUAUUUGUUACGUUUGUCUCCAAAUAUGCAAAAUUUCUCUGCAAUAUAUGAUCUGCAAAGAACUUAAAGGGGUCAUAUCAUAGUUUAUUUUUAUUAACCCUUGAGAUACGAGGAAAAAAAUGCUGUCGCAUUAUAAACGUCCUUUACUUUCAACAAAGCGGCAAAAAUAGCUUGCGUGUUUGGUGACAUCUGGCAGGUAAAUGUGUUUGAACAGACGUGUUGUUCAUGCCGGUUUGACCCUGACAGUUUGUCUGCACUGUUUUGUGAUGCAGGCAUUGAAAACUUAAAGGUAGAACUCCAAAUCCUAAAGUAAAUGCAAAGAGAAUGUUUACAUAAUUCUUGCAAGAAUGUGAAAGGUCCUGUAUAACAAAAUUAGUAAUGGCUGACAUUUGAACUGAUAUGACCUCUUUAAAAUAAGUUAAUCUAUUGAAAGUUAACAACGAUUUAUACACAAUACAAGAAAACCCUGUAAAUGCAAUGUGUUUAUACCUGUUCCAAAAGCGGCUACAUCGUAUCAGUCACUAAAGGCCUCUGAUGUUACAGAGAUUGAUCUCUCCUCUUGUCUGUCAUCUAUUGUGAAGGAUCUUGAGGUAAGACCUGCCGAGUCCCCUCUAAAAGCACAGAUAGGUUUUUUUAAAGGUAAAGUAUACAUGCAAAUGACAGGUGUAUGGUCCUGAUCUGUCCCUGGGCGUGUGAAAUAAAACAGCGCGAGCAAAAGAAAACCGCAUUAGAUAUUGUGCUCAACCCACAGAGACGUGCUUUUGAGUUCAAGACAAAUGUUACUCGACUCUCGCUGGCUUAAUAAAAAACAAAACCAGGGAAGAAGGCGUAAAGUGUAACGCAAGCUUCAGAAAGGUAAUAUCAACCCUAAAUUUCCUCUCUUAGCACUAUGUUCACACAUUUGUAUACAAAUUAAAAUGUUGUUGUUUCCAAGGUUAAAACUCACCAAUAUUACUAAAUAUGGUUAAUGGAUAUAAAACGUUAACUUAUUAGUCGGUUUGUAAUCAAACUUUAGCUUUUUGGUCAAAAUCUUACUGUACUUAAAAAGUUUUUACUAAAUUCUGUUUUAGCUUUACAAAAAGACAAAAAGUAUCCUCAAAUCUAACAAGCUCAUAAUAUGUGUAGUAUAGGAUUUGUUGAAAUGAAACGUGUUGAGAUUGUAAGCUCGGUGUAUUAACUUUUAGUCUUUCUUGUGUU